UUGGACUACCCAACCUACCCCCCGCACACGCGCGCACACACACACACGCACACACACACGCACACACACUGGCAGCAGCACUUAAGCACUACCGCUCAGUGCAAUGAUCAUUUUGUAGAUACGGUAGUAGCAUACGACUGCGUUUUUCCCCAAUAGAAAAGAAAGACGCUCUCACGUACUGUAUUUACAGAAACGUCUCCGAGGUGAUUCAGCAAUUGCAACGCAGCGGACGUCAUUGACAGCCUUCACGGACACCAGAAUUUAUUUGUGUAAACGGGUCCCAGCGGUGGCAGUCUGUUAUUACCUAGAAUCGAGGGGGAAAAACAGCAGAAGCGCUUGAAAAGGAGGUGCAUUACCCAUGGGCGGUUAGCACUGUAAUACCAACAUGGACAAUUCACUGGCGGGAUUAACCAACUGAACAUUGCUGACAUAUUAAACAAAAAAUUAAAGCAGGACCUAACCGCUGUACACAGUUCUGCAAGCAGGAACAACCCGACUUUAAGGGACUUUUUAAUUCUGAUGGGUCACAGGCAUUAACCCGAUACAGGCAGGCAGCACCAGCAUGGAAACAGAUCGAGAGAUACAUGCCUAAUUUGUAUAAUACUACAUGCAGAUGCAGUGUACAGGCUCUGAAGACAGCGAGGCGGCUCUCAUAGAUUAGUCUUCCAUGCCGUGUGUGCUUCUUUUCCAAAUAGCUCCACACGCACAAGAUCGACCCCACUAUCAGGAACAGACAUAUUAACGUGGUAUUAUGGAUCAAGCGGAUAGCAGAUGGGAGUUGCUCAAAUCGACGCUUCUCUUUGUACAGUCACGUUAAGGACCCCGAGUCUUUAGACUUGCACACUACGGAAGCACUGCAGCUCUGUCCAGUUAAUGUCUCUGGCACCAUCACCUGCUGCUUUAAUUGAACUUCAUUUGGCAGGUUACUGACAGAACCACAGCCCGGUGAAUUCCAGUGCUAACAAGGGCUGCACCGUGUCCUUCCUGUAAGUCAAACCGCCCAGCGGAAUAACAUCAUAUAAUAGCGUGCUGGAAAAGAAAGGCUGGAAGAUGAAUCCAGCGCAGCAGGACCUAAGAAAGCAGGGACCACGUGUCUCCCCACCAGGGCGAUCGAAUAGAGUAGUGCCAGCCGCUGAACCCAGGGCAUCCCCCAUGCAGGGGCCCGCUGCUCCACAUCAACUAAAGGAACCCAAACCCAUUGGGGCAGAGGGGUCAGAGAAAUCCAGACGACUCUCCCCAGCUGUGGCAACAGAGGGAGUCCCUGGAUCCCAGCAAGCAGAACCCUGCAGACCAGGUGCAACCCAAGUGAGGGGCUCUGGAGAACCAGAGCCAGAUAAAUCUAGCGGGUCAAAACCAGUGGCAUCCAGUGACCCAGUCCCCAAACCGCCAGGGCCUGUGCAGUCCAGUCGACCCCGGCCCACAGUACCUGGGGGACCUGGUUCUGUGGGAUCCAGUAGACCUCGGCCUGUGGGAUCAGGGGAUCCAACACUGCGGGGUCCUGGAGCUCCGAGGCUGGCUAAUUCAGGAGUUGCUCAGCCAUCCGCCCAGAGUCCGAAUCCUGGUGAACCAGCCGGGAAACCCUCAGUCCCUCCACCCAGCUCGGGGGGAUCACAGCCUGCAAGAGGGGCUCAGACAGUCCCUGAAGCCAAACCACCCAGGACACAGCCUGACAGAGCUCUCCCUUCCUCUGCUGAGUCUGCUGGGACAGGGUCUGGGAACUUGCAGCCCCAGAGAGCAGCAGGGGAGUUAAGGGAUCCGGACGAUGAGGACUUCAGGUGAGCCACUGGCUAAAGGACAAGGGUCAGUAAGAUGGCCAAAACUGAAAUAUUUGCUCUGGAAGUUGUUUCACCUUAACUACCACAGGGUAUAUUUGCAGGUGAACUUGUCUAUUGCCACAUUCUUAUUUUUUCCAUGUGUAUCAAAUCUUAUAA